UAAUAGUGUGGGAAAUAUAUCAAUUGCCUUGACUAUACUCACUGUCUUCUGAGGUGUUACUUACUUACCUGGAGAUUUUUAUUUUUUUAUUUUCUAAAAUUAAUAUUUAAUGAGAUCUUUUUUAUUUUUUAUUUUUAAGACCAGAAAAAAAAAAUCCUUAAAAAAAAAAAAAGAUGUGUUGUAUGUUCUGGUAAAAUCCAUGGCUUUCAUUUGGAUAAAAAAGAAAAGAUGAGAGAAGAAUCACACACAUUUGUGUAGUGUGUUGCUUUGGUGUUUUUGCCUUUAUUCUCAUCUUUUUUCAUUUUUUCUGAAUAUCUCCUCUGCUCUCUCUUUCAAAACCCACAUGUUUUUCAUGUCCACUGCUUUUGCUUGUCUUCUCUGUUUUGAGAAAGCUUCUUUAAAUAAGGGUUAAAUCCCAAAGUUUUCAUCUUUAAGCCUUUUUUCCCUUUUCUCUUCUCAUUCCCAUUAUCAAAUUUCCUUAUCUGUUUGUUUAGAGAAAUAAUGGGUUGUUGUCAGAGCAAGAAGAGAACUCCAAAACCAGGUGCUACUACUACAGCCGACUCCUAUGGAUCAGCACCUGGCUCUGUUGCUACCGCCGCUCAUCAAACUUAUCAACAUCAUCACCAACAACAACCCCAUCAAACCCCACCCAUUGUUCAAACCCAGAAAGUUUCAGCAGCCCCUCAAACUCAUUUGCCACCAGUACCCAAACCACAGCAAGAAGUAGAACCAGUGCCACAACCCAAGCGAACUCCUCCUCCGCCGCCGCCUCAGCAGAAGCAGCCCAGUCCGGUUUCUUCCGACCCAAUUCCCCCAAAUGCUAUUCUGGAUAGACCCUUUGAAGAUAUCAAGCAGUACUACACUCUGGGUAAAGAACUGGGUAGAGGUCAGUUUGGGAUUACUUACUUGUGUGUUGAGAAUUCAACUGGUGACACUUACGCCUGUAAAUCUAUACUGAAGAGGAAGCUUGUUCAUAAGAGUGAUAGAGAUGAUGUCAAGAGAGAGAUUCAGAUCAUGCAGCAUUUAUCUGGGCAGCCAAACAUUGUGGAAAUCAAGGGAGCUUAUGAGGAUAGGUACUCAGUCCACCUUGUGAUGGAGCUUUGUGCUGGUUUGGAACUCUUUGAUCGGAUUAUUGCUCAGGGGAAAUAUUCAGAAAGGGAUGCCUCAGAACUUUUCAGGGCCAUUGCCAAUGUUGUCCAUAUUUGCCAUUUUAUGGGAGUCAUCCAUCGAGAUCUCAAGCCUGAGAAUUUCUUAUUUUCUAGCAAAGAUAAAGGGGCAAUGCUGAAGGCUGCUGAUUUUGGACUGUCUGUUUACACCGAGGAAGGAAAGGUGUACCGUGAUUUAGUCGGGAGUGCUUACUAUGUUGCUCCUGAAGUAUUGCGACGUCAUUAUGGAAAAGAAAUAGAUGUUUGGAGUGCAGGAGUCAUUCUGUAUAUUUUACUUUGUGGUGUUCCUCCAUUUUGGGCAGAAACUGAAAAGGGAAUCUUUGAUGCCAUAUUGGAAGGGGAAAUUGAUUUUGAAAGUCAACCAUGGCCUUCAAUCUCUACCACUGCUAAAGAUCUAAUCAAAAGGAUGCUGACCCAAGACCCCAAAAAGAGAAUUACUUCUUUACAAGUUCUUGAUCAUCCUUGGCUGAGAGAAGGUGAAGCAUCAGAUGACCCUAUAGAUAGUGCGGUUCUGUCCAGAAUGAAGCAGUUCAGGGCAAUGAAUAAGCUCAAACAACUUGCUUUAAAGGUAAUUGCUGAGAAUCUGUCUGAGGAAGAAAUUAAAGGCCUUAAAGCAUUGUUCACCAACAUGGAUACUGAUAAGAGUGGUACAAUAACGUAUGAAGAACUGAAAUCGGGUUUGGCUCGUACUGGUUCAAGGCUGUCUGAGACUGAAGUCAAGCAACUUAUGGACGCUGCUGAUGUGGAUGGAAAUGGAACAAUCGACUACAUUGAAUUUAUAUCUGCUACAAUGCAUAGACACAGACUAGAAAGAGACGAGCAGCUGUACAAAGUAUUUCAGUAUUUCGAUAAGGAUAACAGUGGGUUCAUAACAAGAGAUGAAUUAGAGAAUGCCAUGAAAGAGCAUGGAAUAGGUGACGAAGCCAAUAUCAAAGAAAUAAUCUCAGAGGUUGAUACUGAUAAUGUAAGUUUUUUCUUUUCCUUCUCCCUACCUUUUGAAACUGUAUGCAACUCUCUUGUCGUCAUUUUGAUACUGGUACCCUAUCGAAACAGGAUGGUAGAAUUAACUACUCGGAAUUUUGUGCAAUGAUGAGAAGCGGGCACCCAGCGAAGCAGUUUUAGUCUCAUUAGUUAGUGUUUGAGCACAAAGAGAUGCAUGCUAUGUUCAAAGUAAGCUGCUAGGAGUGGUUUGGCUGUGUCAAGCUGAAUCAGAGCUGAAACCUUUUUCAACGUAGGUUGUUGGAUUCUGUGAUAUAGGUUGGACCAUUUAUUGAGAAUUGAGAUGAUUUUCUUUAGGAACCCUUUUUGCCAUCCUGAACCUCACAAUGAGCAGUUUUGGAAAUGCAAAGCUUGAGAGUUUUGGCUUAAAUCCUUUGUUGAUUAAAGUUGAGUUUAUAUGCACACGUGUGACAAUUACACUUUGUGAAUUAUGCAUGAGAUCAUUUGUCUUGCUCCUUAACCUGGAUAGAUAUCUUAAAAUUACUAUGUAUUGAGUGAGAGAAGAUUUAGUUUGUAUUUUUGGGAUACUCUACCAAUAUCCAUAUUUGUAAAAUGUUUACUAAAUUUAUUGUGAUUACCAGACCAAAAAAAAUUAAAUAAAUAAGUGAAUUCAACAGCAUUAAA